AUGGCAGACUCCAUAAAGACCGGAGCUGGAAAUGUCAUUGAGACCAACGCCACCGAGACGGACGCUGCGACCAAUGUCACCACCCUAAUGACCGAGGAUGAAGGGCCUGUUAAGGUCAACGAGGACAUUGCCACGGUAACUGGGACGAGCAGCUCGGCCAGUCCGGACUCUGUGACCCAAAGGGCGGGUCGGAUCCCCCGCGGUGGGGAUGAGGACGAGCAGAGCAGCGGCAUGUUGGGUGAGACUAUGAGCCCCGCACUGGAGGAAGUGGGUGCAGCGGCCCCGCCUCAGCUCAGCCCGGAUUCGGCCGAGACGGAGCACCUGCUGCCUGGCAACCCACGUAGACCGGACAUCAUGGAGAGCGAGGAGGAGGAGGAGCAUCUGCCGCACACCGACCCACCUUGGAUCCACGACAAGGACACGGCCGUGUUUGACUUGGACCGCUUCUUCACCACCACCACCGCCGCCGCCCAGCCCGCAGCCCCCACCAACCCCUCCAACCCUGACGUCCUCCACGUCGACUUCUUCGACCCCUCCUCUCAUGGGCACGGCCUCAACCUGGCCCCGCCCUCUCCUUCAUCACUGGCCCACGAACUGCAGGGCGGCGACCCGACCUCCUGGGCUAUGCCGGACAACUACGACUACCUCACCCCCUACGAGGACGGUGUGUCCCCGACCGCGGACGAGUACACCUACAGCACCACAACUGAUGCCUACGAGGGUGACGAAGACCCGCGGCUGCGCUCCAGGCCCCGGGCCCCGGGCUCUGGCUCCUUCAUCCCCGGGAUAGGAGUCCCGGUACCAAAUGUCCCUGUGGCAGCUCCUCCGGCGGCUGCACCAGUGGACGGGUCGGACGGGAUGGGCGGAUGUCGCGUCGGCUAUCAGAUGGUGAACGGAAGCUGCCGCUCGCCCUGCGACACGCUGCCCAACUACUGCUUCAACGGCGGACAGUGCUACCUGCUGGAGGGCAUGGGCGUCUUCUGCAGGUACGACAUGAAGCAUCCGCACAGCCAAGUAGCGCUCACACCAACACAAAGCGCCAACACCAACACGAAGCACUCACACCAACACAAAGCGCCAACACCAACACGAAGCGCCAACACCAACACGAAGCACUCACACCAACACAAAGCGCCAACACCAACACGAACCAUCUUAAGUUGCUUAUGUCCAAUUUUCUGGAGUUUGGUUUUCAAAGGGGUUUAA